AUGUUGCCACCGCCCAACCACGGCGGAAGCAACCCCGGUGCCAUGUGGAUUCCUUACAGGCCCCAGGAACUGGCGGGCUGCCCGUGCGUGUCCAUAAGAUUCCGCUACGCCGCAUCCAGUAAGACCCUGGCCCAUCAGCGGGUCGCCAUUGGCCCGUCCAUGCUCAAGCCCGUCUCCCGGCUCCACCUCGCGGCGCCGUAUCGAUACCGUCACGCCCCGAGCGUGGAGCGUGGCGGUUGA